AUGGGAGUGCCAAAGUUCUUCCGAUGGAUGGGCGAGAGAUAUCCUCUAUGUUCGCAGCUGAUCACUGAGAAUGCUAUUCCAGAGUUUGACAAUCUUUACCUGGACAUGAAUGGAAUCAUCCAUAACUGUUCACUACCCAACGACACCGACGCUCACUUCCGCCUUUCGGAAGACAAGAUCUUCCUGGCCAUUUUCAAUUACAUCGACCACCUAUUUUUGAAGAUCAGGCCACAAAAGGUCUUUUUCAUGGCCGUCGAUGGUGUCGCACCCCGUGCCAAGAUGAACCAGCAACGUUCACGACGAUUCCGUACUGCCAAGGACGCCGAGGAUGCCAAGCGAAAAGCCAUUGCCAAGGGAGAAGAACUUCCGGAAGAAGAACAAUUCGACCGAAAUUGUAUCACACCAGGAACGCCAUUCAUGAAGAGACUGUCGGCACAAUUGAACUAUUUUAUUUCCAAGAAGAUCACCGAGGAUGCCAACUGGCGCAAUGUCAAGGUCAUUCUAUCAGGGCACGAAGUGCCCGGAGAGGGCGAGCACAAGAUCAUGGAAUAUAUUCGCCUGUCGAAGGCCCAGGAGAACUACAACCCCAACACACGUCACUGUCUCUACGGACUUGAUGCCGAUCUCAUUAUGCUGGGCCUGCUUAGCCACGAACCCCAUUUCGCACUCUUACGUGAAGAGGUCACUUUUGGAAGGACUAACAAGAAGAAAGGGGGCAUUGAUACGCAAAAUUUCUUCCUGAUGCACCUAUCGCUAUUGCGAGAAUACCUUGAUCUGGAGUUCAGUAGUCUGCAGGAAACACUACCCUUCCCAUACGAUCUGGAACGAAUCAUCGACGAUUUUGUUCUCAUGUGUCUGUUCGUCGGAAACGAUUUCCUGCCACAUUUGCCAAACCUACAUAUUGCCGAAGGUGCCCUCAGUCUGCUCUUUAACAUCUAUAAGAAACUAUUGCCACAACUGGGCGGUUACUUCCAGGACUCGGGUACCUUAGACCCGAAGCGCGUCGAGGCCAUGUUCCAUGAGCUGUCCGAGGUUGUUGAGCACGAGGCCUUUGAGUCAGAAUGCGACGAUCUGAAGUACAUCGGAGGAAAGAUGGCAGAAUUGCUCAUUGUGUCCAACUCUAGUCAGAAGAGCAACGGAAAGCACAGACAAGGCAUGCGCAUGGGCAAGCCUAUCAAGGAUUUUGUACUGGAACGCAAAGAAAUCCUUGAUUUCCCAACAACGCUCAAUUCUAGUGAUAGGAGCUUUGUGAAGCGGAUCGCUUCUGCAAUUGAAAUCCGGCACGGCACUGAGACGACUCCUGAUGGCCAGCAGCAUCUAUUUAUUGAGUUUGACGAGGAGGAAGACGAGGAAGAUGUCGAGUCGCAGGAGGCUAGAGCGCGAAUCAUGCGCAAGUAUGAUCAAGCUAUGGUGGUCGAGGAUGUUGUCGAGAACGAAAAACUCCGAGACGAGAAAGCCAAGAGUGUGUACCAGGAACGAUUCUUGCAGUGGAAGAAGGAAUACUAUUUGGCGAAACCGGAGCUCGAGACGCCAGAGGAAAUUCGCCAGAUGGCCUUCAAAUACGUCGAGGGCCUGCAGUGGGUUUUGUAUUAUUAUUACAGAGGAGUUGCCUCUUGGGCAUGGUUCUAUCCAUAUCAUUAUGCACCUAAGAUAUCAGACUUGGUGAAAAUCGAUGAGUUCAAGCUGCCGUUUGAGCUGGGUGAGCCUUUUAAGCCAUACGAACAGCUUAUGGGAGUGCUGCCUGAGGCCAGUAAACAGCACAUUCCUCAGGCGUAUUGGGACUUGAUCAUUAAAGAAUCGUCGCCGAUCAAGGACUUUUAUCCCAAAGACUUUGAUCUGGACAUGAAUGGCAAGAAGCAAGACUGGGAGGCCAUUGUCAAAAUCCCGUUCAUCGACCAGGAUAGACUGCUGAAAGCCAUGAAGGGCCAGGAGCAUUUGCUUACAAAGGAGGAGGCCGAGAGAAACAGCAGUGGCGAGAGCACAGUGUUUACGCGCGAUGAAAGCCUGAACGAGACCUAUCCAUCACCUUUGCCGACUUCCUUCCCCGACAUCAACGAUUGCAAGUGCAAGAUGGCUACAUUCCAUUUGCCGAUCAUCGAGGGUGUCUCAUCGUUGAGAAAGGGACUUUGCGAAGGAGCAUUUAAGGGUGCAGAUCUGCUCUUUGGAUUUCCUUCGAUGCACACUAUCAAGCACUCCGGCAAUCUCGGAUUCCAUGGUGUCCAGGUGUUCCAGGCGGCUUCUCGAAAUGAGACCAUGGUGGUCAACAUUGUUAACAGAUUCGAAGAUGUGAAGCCGGAAGCGCUCGCUCUAUCUAAGAUCGGCAAAAGGAUCUAUGUUGGCUGGCCUUUCUUGAAGGAGGGUAUUAUAUCAUCGAUCUCGGACGAAAUGUUCAAAUAUGAGCUGCAAGUCCAGGGCAGAAACAAGGUCGUCAUAAAGACCCCACAUCGCACCAACACAUUCGAAACCUGGAGGAAGCGUGCCGACAAGAUCGAGACGCUGUAUAACAAGCGAUUUGGAGUUGUUAUCGGAGACAUGGAGUUCACCGCACAGGUCCUGUUGCUAAAAGGACUUAGACGGGAGAUGAACGGCGCGUUGGUUAAAGAUUUCUGCAAGCCUGGAGAGGAGCAGGAGUUUGCUAUCCAAACAGUCGUGGAUACUGUUAAGCACCCUGAUACCAGGACAAUGGAGGAGGCCCCAAAGCCCCUGAACGAGGACUUUCCUAUUGACUCACAAGUCUUUUUCUUGGGUCAUGGACAUUAUGGAUGCCCUGCUCAAGUCAUUGCGCACUCGGACAAUGCCCUGGCUUUGCGAGUUGCUAUCCCAAAUGACUCUAAGGGUGAACCAACAUUUGGCCACAAAAUUGUGAAGGAGGCGCUGUCUGGCUCUGUAUACCUGCCAUCUUACGUGGUGAGUAAGAAGGUCGGAAUUUCAACUCUCAUUUUGAGUAAGCUGACGUCCUCUCUCCAUGUCGUAUAUCGGUCGACGGAUCGACGUGUCAACCUGGGCCUCAACCUCAAGUUCGAGGGUAAAAAGCAAAAAGUUCUUGGCUACACUCGCAAGACCGAUAGCGGGUGGGAGUUCAGUCAAAAGGCAGUGGCAUUGCUUCAGGAGUACAAGCAGCAGUUCCCUGAGUUCUUUGACGGACUUGAAAGGAAAGCACGGUCUGAUUUUUACAUUGCUGAGGAGAUGUAUCCCAACGGCGACAGCACGGAGAAGAUCAAGAGAGUCGAAGACUGGUUGAAAAAAUCCAAGGUCAAGGAUUUUGAGCGCGUCGAUCUGGAUGCCCAGCAGCUUGAUAAGGAUACAAUUGCCCUAGUGGAGAGGGCAGCCGACGCUUACGUGGAGAACAGACCUGGGAUGAAGCAUGUCAUUGUCAAGAACCUCGCGCGACACACCAUGCUAAAGCCCAGCCAUGCUGCGACCUUAUUGCCGGAUCAGACCUUCCAGCUCGGCGACCGGGUCGUCUUCGUCCAGGAUUCUGGAACGGUUCCCAUUGGAGCUAAGGGCACUGUUGUAGGGAUUGAUCGACUGGAGGUCGAGGUCGUUUUUGAUGACAAGUUCAUGAGUGGAAUGGACCUAGGUGGAAGAUGCUCGAUGUAUCGUGGUAUGACUGUGGGACCGCAAUCAAUCUUGAAUCUCUCCAACCCUCAAACCCUAACCAACAAAAGGCCCAAGUCGAUAACAAACCCCAUGGCUGGGAAAUCUUGGGCGUACCACCAGCAGCCGACAACCAAAGGCCCAAGCACGGAGCCCCCGCAGCAACAGCAGCAACAGCAACAGCAGCGGUCCCGUGCAUCACAAGCUUGGCGGGAGCAAGGGCACAUUCAGCAACAGCAUGGUCGCGGUGGUCACGGUCACCAGCGAGGCGUUCAUCGCAACCCUCGCCCUCCUCAAGUGAACGGACCCCAGGAUCAGACGCAUCCUGGCAAUAACAACACCAACAACAAUAACAAUUUUGGCCCAAGACCCCAAGGAUUUGCUUCACGAGGAGGCCAUCGAGGUGGUCAUGUUGGAGCAAACCAUCACCAUGUACAAAACGCGCGAGCUGGACCCACACCUCCAGCCGAGUCGGUUGCUUCAUCAUCCGCGACUGCUGCUCCAACAGAGACUAAAACGGGAACAAAUAGUCAGGGUGGUCAUGAGCGCAGUGGACGACGAGGCCGUGGUCGCGGGAGUGCGCGCGGAGGAAACAAACAAGCGGAAAGUUCUUCAGCAGCGGCCGCUCCUGCUCCUGCUCCUGCUCCUACUCCUGCUCCUGCUCCUGCUCCUGCUCCUGCUCCUGCUCCUGCUCCUGCUCCUGCUCCUGCUCCUGCUUCUGCUCCUGCUCCUGCGCCUUAA